CGUGUCAAGUGCGAUGAGCAGCAGCCAAGCUGUCAUCGCUGCGUAAAAAUCGGAGUUUCUUGCCCUGGGUAUGGACAACGCAUCAAGUGGUCUACGAAGCACGAGAGACGUCCCCCUCAGUCAUCAAGUGCCACGAAAUCCUAUAUAGGUGUCUCGAAUCCAUCGCCAUUGCAGCCUGGUGCUGAUAACGCAGAUUAUGUGAGCACCUACACCUCGUCUAUGCGGAUUGCGAAGAAGGCUUGCGAGCGUUCGAGCCCGGUGGCCCACACGCGAGCAGUAUCUCUUGGAGAUACUUCUACACCUAUGCGAAAAUCAGUGGGCAACGAAACGUUCACGAACCUAUACACUCCCACUGAUAGGCAGUCUCUCAUGCUGAAUCAUUACUUUGUGGUCAUCUGUCAAGUCAUUUCGAACUUCGACUCGGCUGCUAAUCCUUUCCGAAAUGAGGUUUCUAGCAUGUUGGAUACAUCGCCUUUGCUUUAUCAUUGCAUUUUGAGUUUAUCAGCAGCGCACCUACAUCAAAAUGACACCGGCCAAGCCAACAUCUCACUGCAAUAUCAAACGGAGGCAAUCUCCAAUCUGUCCAAACAACUGGCAGAAACGAGCGUUGUCAAAUCGAAGGAGCCUGACACUACACGUGUUGAGUCGAGUAGUACCCAAAUCUCCAAGAGCCUCACUGUAAAAGACGAUGUUCUCUUGGGAGCGAUUCUUCUUGGAAUAACGUCGGCUUGGCAUGAUGCGUCGUCGACUGGACUACCCCAUCUAUACGGGACGAGACAGCUAUUCAAAGGCUGGACAUCUUCCAACAACUUGGACCAUCCAGACAGGCGGUCUGACAUGACGCCUGUUCAAACCUUCUUGUCAUCAUCCAUGAUGUAUUGGGAAGCAAUGAGCUCGUUCAUUCACGAUCAAAAUUUGGACGUACUGGACUACCUGGAAAUCUUCGACCAAUCCAGUGAAGCGUCAUCAGUAACGCCAUGCCCAUGGACAGGAGUAGGGUCAUCAGUAUUCCUACACCUCGCAAAAGCAGGAACACUGGUCAGAAACAAAAGAGCUUUGCGGAGUCUUGAUUUCGUCAAGAACGGGGAGUUCCACCGACAGGCGUUGCAUAUCGACUUACUAAACGAGGCUUCAUCCCUGGAACAGGCGAUUCUGAGCUAUGAACUCCCCGUCAUGUACCGAGUACAGGAUGUCGGCGAUCCUCGCACGCCACCGGAUCAUCUGCUUGUUAUUGCCCGGUGCUAUCAGCUGUCAACCUUGCUGGAAAUCUACCGUGCGUUUCCUGAACUUGCGACGUCAAACAUCGUGGAAGAUUCCGGACGUCUACGAAAGAGUGGUGUCGAAGGUAGCACACAGCCAGAUGUGGUGCUACAACUCGCCCUUGGCAUACUGAAAAGGUUGAGAGGGAUACCAGCCAGCUCAGGCACCGUCUCAACGCAAACGCUGCCACUGCUCAUCGCAGGCAGUGCGUUGAGGCAAAGCUUCGCAUCUGGAGCGAUUGGAUCACAAUUUCCCAACACAGAUAUGUUGCACUUCAGGGAAUUUGUGCGCACACGUGUCCUUCAUUUGUACCGCACUGUUGGCUUGCGCAUUAUCAAGCAUGUUGCGAUCAUUUUGAACGAAGUGUGGUCACUUAUGGAUACCAUGGACAGUGAAGGCGCAUGUAUUCAGAGGGAGAUCCACUGGAUUGAUGUUAUGUGUGAGAUGAAGCUCGAAACUAUGCUUGGCUAG